AUGUGGAUCAGAGAAAAAACUCUCGGCAGUGGUAGCUUUGGCUUUGUGUCGAUAGCCAAGACUAUCCCAAGCAGCUUCCCGGACGAUGAAGAAGAUCAAUUGUUCUUUGAUCUUCCGCCCAUUAUCGCAGUCAAGUCAGCAGAGUUUUCCUGUUCUGAGUCUCUUCAGAGGGAGAGAUUAUUGCUUCAUGAAUUUCAGAACUGCCCACAAAUCAUCCAUUGUUAUGGUGCCGACGUAAGCGAAGAAGACGGUCAUUUACUGUAUAACAUGUUGCUUGAGUUUGCCUCUGGUGGAAGCUUGGCGGAUUACGUUCAUGGUUCUCAAUAUGGUUUGCUUGAGGAGGAAGUUAAACAGUUUACACGAUCGGUGCUUCUGGGAUUGAGUUACAUUCACGCAGAGGGUUAUGCGCAUUGUGAUAUAAAGCCGGCCAAUAUCCUACUGGUUGAUGACGAAGAGGGAAACAGAACGGCAAAGAUUUCUGAUUUUGGGCUCGCAACAAAGGUUUCGAAAAGGCGGACAGGGAAGAAAAGAAAGAAGGGUAACAGGGGAACGUUGUUUUAUAUGGCUCCUGAGUCAGUUAUGUUGGGUGAAUAUGAUUCUAAGGUGGAUAUUUGGGCACUUGGUUGUACUGUUAUAGAGAUGUUUACCAAGAAACCCGCCUGGGACUUUGAUUUUGAUCAAUGUACUGAUCUUGAUGAUUUCGAUGAGUUUUUUGACCGGAUUAUCAAUGAAGAGGUGGAAAUUCCACUUGGGUUGUCGAAGGAUGCUCAGGAUUUCCUGGCAAAGUGUUUGAUCAAGAAUCCUGGAUUAAGGUGGACUGCAGAUAUGCUUUUGAGUCAUCCGUUUGUUUCAGGUUUGGACAAAACUCCUGUUGAUCAGGAAAUCUCAGAGGAAUCAGCGUUUAGUACCCUGUCAGACAAAUCAAGGAUCGGAAGCUCUGAGGAUGAUGAAUCAAGUGAGGACAUGGAUUCGAUCAAGCCAAUGUUGCUGCUGAAGAAUCUUGCAGGACUGGAUAAAGUUGCAGCAGAGAACUCUUUUUCUGACAGGAGCUUGGGCCUGAAGCCAACACUGAAUGAAUCCGUUUCAGAGAAAUCCUAUGAAUUCCCACUCUUCAAGAGGAGAAAAGGAUUGGAUCCUGAAGUUCUUUAUGAAGCAAUCCAGUGCAAUGCCAAUUUUGGAUUUUUACAAGCCUGUUGA